AUGGAGUACGGACAAGAGAUAUUGAAAAUCCGCCAGCGCAUUGAGGAGUUUGUGCCAAAUAUUUUAGACAAAGCUCCAAGCGAAGAAGAGGUAAAAGAGCUCCUAGGGCACCUGAGGAAGCUGGAGGAUGUGAAAGUCGACAGAACGCUGCUGCAGAACACUCGUAUAGGUGCAGCACUCACCAAACUUGCCAAAAGCCCGUCAAAGGAUAUAGACGUUUUGAAAGACACGGCCGUCAAACUCACCAGCAAAUGGAAGGACACACUACGUCAGCAGGGUUCAAGCAAAGAAAAUGCAGAUGAUGCUCCUCUAAAGAGGCAGAAGACCGAACCGGCUGACGGAAAUGCGGAUAGCCUGCCAAAGUAUCAGUAUCUGCUGCAUAACCAGGACAUACGUGACAAGGCACUUGUGUACAUUUUCAAUGCAUUCACAGCGGUUCCAGGUAGCGGUUACGACUACAAGAAGGUCAGCAAGCUUGCAUAUGACGUGGAGUGCGGUCUAUUUGACAAAUAUCUUGUCAAUCAAAGCAACCAAAAAGAGUACACACUUAAGCUCAAAUCCAUCGCCUUUAAUCUUAGGGACCCCAAAAACGCCACAUUCAGGAACAAAAUAUACAACGGAGAUAUAGACGCGAACAAAGUCGCUGCAAUGGAAUCUGCGGAGAUGGCUAGUGAUGAAAAAAAGAUGGAAAGAAUUAACAUCCUGCAGGAAUCGUUAGAGGCGUGCCAAUCUGACUGGGCUGUGAAAAAUAUCCUAAUGUCAAAAGACGGGAAGAAAAAGGGUCAAUUUAAGUGUUUCAAAUGCAAUUCGUCGGAGACUGUUUACCAUCAGCUGCAAACACGUUCCAGCGACGAACCGAUGACUACGUUCGUAACGUGUCUACAGUGCAAUAACCGAUGGAAAUUCUGA